AUAAUUAAUAUUUUUAAUUUUUUUUGUAAAUGUAAGCUAUUUAAUUGCACAUAAUUAAUUAAAAAAUUAAUAUAUUAUAUAUAUUAUAUAUUAUACAGUACAAUUUUCAAAUGAGGAAGACCUAACCCUUCGGUUCAAACCUAACUUUCGGGUAUUAGAGCUGCUGAUAUAUACCGCUGCGCGCAAUCACAAUAUACCGUUUUGUUUAGCAACCCUCUUAAAGGUAAAUUUCAGUACCCCAGGAGGUAUUUGACCGCUGCGCUCAAUCACAACCCACCCCCGGGACCGACUCCACGAGCUUCAGUAUGACGCGACUACGCUCUACGACAAGGGCGCCCCCAGGGAGGGGCCAGGUGGGGCCAUCGCCCCCCCUGAGAAUUUGGCGAAAGCGUGUAAAAAAUAUUUAGCUCUCUCUUACUUUAUAUUAUAAAAUAAAUUGCAUAUUAAUCAUAAUCGCUCACGAGAUAUGCCAGUUUAAAUGUAUUUUUUCUCAAUCCCUUAUCCCUUCUGACUGAGACGCAUAUGUUUGGAUGGAACCGCAUCGUUUUCGGUGCGCAUGCCGCAUGCACUGAUGAUGUCCGGUCUAGGCUUAUCCAGUUGAGAAAUGAAAUAGGUGGGCUGAACGGCCGAUCUGAUACGUCUAGUAGUACGGUAGUGCUCACAAUUUAUAUACUGUUAUUCAUAGAACUUAUAUUAACGUGUUAAAAGUGUUUUUUGUGCAACGUGUAAGUAUUAUAUAAUAUACUUUAUUUCUCACUUGACCUUAAAUAAAAUAGGCUUAUUUUUACGAGGUAGUUAUCUAUUGUGUGUAAAGGUAAAAAAUACUUUUUUAUGAAUUAAAAUAACAUCAUUUGCGUCUAUGAAGUACAAUUACAAUAUUUAUUUCAAAAAUUGUGCUUGAAGUAAUAACAUUUUUUAUAAGUACCCUUCCUACUUUAAGAAAAUAAGUUAUUCCUGUAUCGCAGUUGAGAUAUUCAACUGUGCAAGGUAGGUAUUUUAAUCUACAAAUUUUAAUUAACUUAGAUGAAUUUUUUACUUCUCUAAAAGGUUUUAAAAAUAUUUUUCAAUGCAACUAAAUUAUCCAUUUGGUCUUAUUCUGUCCAUUUAUCGGCCUACUCCCCGGUUAAAUGCGUUAAUUUAUUUGACACCUAACACUUAGCUGAUUGAAUGCAUCAAUUUAAUUAGCCUACUGUAUUUGUAGAAAAAUGGACAUAAGGAAGUUCUUUAACAAGCCAAACAAGCGGCUGAAAAUUGAUGAUGGAUCUGACAUACCGAACAGUACCGAAAACAGUAGUAUAGUAUGCAGUCAAAAUGAUUUAGCUGUAGCAGGGCCAUCUAGCUUGGAGUCAGCUGUAUCCGCCUCUCAAAGAGAAACUAACGUUGUAACGGCCACCGCAUCGGAUAAUUUUGCGAUUGUUGAAGACAGUUUAAAUUUGGAUGUUGGGAACUACCUUGAUACUAAUAAAAUUUGUAGCUUGAACGAUCGCUUGAAAUUUACUUUGUUAACAAACCCAUGGAAGCCAGAUAAAUGUUACAAUUUCAAGUAUGAUAUUGACGAUGGCAAACGACCAUUUAUCCAUGAAUGGUUAAAUACGUACCCCUGGUUAGCUUAUUCAAAAGAAGUUAAAGGUGGGCUAUGCAAGUUGUGUGUACUGUUUAGGCCCCGCGUAACCCAUGGUAGUUAUCAAAGCGGCUUUAUAAAUCGCCCAUUCACCAAUUUCAGAAAGUUUCAUGAAAAUGCGAAAUCGCAUAUGAACUCUGAAUGGCACAGACAAGCAUCUGAAAACUCAAGUAACUUUAUAUCUGUCAUGAAAAAUGAAAAGAAAAAUGUUGAAUGUCUUGCAAAUUAUCGUUUGGCCAAGCAAAUUGGCAAAUUGGUCACAGACCAAAUCACUCUACCCAGACUAUCAACGAAUACUAUAGAAAGUCCAUUUUCUUGCCUUAUUUGGAUUCUUUGGUUCAAUCGUUGAAAGAUAGGUUUUCAGAUAGAAACAAACCAUCAUUUGAAAUUUUCAAUCUGCACCCUAAAAUCAUGAAAGAUCUUUCUAAGGAAGAUUUUGAAAAGUCUAUUAACAAUAUAAACAGCACGUAUUGUGAAUUGUUAGACAACUUUAAGGAGCAAUCAAUUCUGUGGUUCGACCUUUGGAAAAACACGGAGAUAGAUGCCAAAGCCUUGGAAAAACUGAACUUAAUAGAGGUUCUUGAGCAUGAGCAUGCCUGCUUUUUGCGUCAGUAGCAAAAGCCAUCCAAAUAGCUCUUUGUCUGCCACCAACAACUUGCACCAUCGAGCGAUCAUUCAGCACUCUCAAACGUGUGAAGACCUGGAUAAGGAAUACGAUGUCGAACAAUCGUCUAAGUGGGCUAUGCCUGUUAUCUGUACACAGAAGAAAAAUAAAAGAAAAUAAAGAAAACUUCAUGCAGAAAGUAAUUGAUUUAUUUGCGAUGGACACCAGAAGAAUUCAAUUAUUAUUUAAGUAACAUUUUACUGACACUAACCGUGUUGCGUUUUAAACAGCAAAACAAUUUUUCUUGUA